AUGGCAUUCAGCUUCGGCUUCUCGGGGGAGGAUAUCGAUAUUGACGAUUCUGAGAUCAAUAAUGACUUCUCUGAUGUGCCCUCCCAACAAGCUGUGAGCAAUUCUCUUCCUGAGCUCGUGAAAGCGAAUAAGCAUGAUAUGAAUGAAUGGCUCUCAAUUCUUCCUUCUCAAAUUUUCUACAAUAAGCUUCAAAUCAGCAAUACGCCUUUAGCCGUUGCUCGUCGCGAGAUCUUUGAUAUCCGCACCCAGCUUAUGGCCGAAGACAGCGCAGGACACGAUAAUGAACAGCUGAUUGCCGGCAUCGAGAAAGGCGACAUCACGCCCAAUUUCUAUGAAGGCGGUUUCAAGACCUGGGAAUGUGCCCUGGAUCUAGCCAAGCUUUCUCUCGACGAGGACAUUCUUGAUGAAUCGUCUGAUAGCCCAGUGGACAUUCAUAUAAUUGAGCUUGGUGCAGGCACAGCAGUCCCGUCAUUGACACUGUUCGCCCGUCUUCUUAGCCAGGCCGAGCCAGGCCAGAGUCAACGAAAGACAUUCUUCACUUUCGCGGACUACAACUCAGAUGUGCUCCGUCUUGUCACGCUCCCAAAUCUUCUUUUGACAUGGCACAAUAGCCGCCCCCAGGUGGCUGUAGCAGCUACUCCAACUGCGCGAGACCAGGAUGAAGAGCUGGAUAUCACGCCUGAGGUGAUCGAAGAAUUCAAGAAUGACCUUGUCCAGCGUGGGAUUUUUGUUGAUUUUGUUUCCGGUGCUUGGUCGCCCGAGUUUGUGGAUUUGGUCUUCUCAUCUGGUGAUGCUGCUCGCAAGACCUUGGUUCUUGCCAGUGAGACUAUCUACUCGCCCGGAUCGCUGAAGUCUUUCUCCGAGACGCUUUUGGCACUGCUGCGCCGCUCGAACACUGCAUCGGCGAGAAGCCGAGCUCUUGUGGCGGCGAAGAAGGUUUAUUUCGGAGUUGGUGGUGGUGUUGAUGAAUUCCUUGCUGUGUUGGAUCAUGUCUGUGCUAAUGAGCUGGAUGUGCAGCAGAAGUUGAAUGUCCAAUCUGAGGGCGUGGGAAGAGUGGUGUUGGAGGUGGUGCCAACAAAUGCGUCCUAG